AUGAAUCCUUUAUUUGUCGAUUCAAAGUUAUCUCAGGCUCAACAGUUAUCUUCUGCUGACCUCGCUAAUCAGCAGGCUAUUCAAAUUGACAAUCCCGCCAAAGGUCAAGGACAAUUAGCCGUUGGUGCUGAUGCAAACAAGGUUGCAGCGGUUACUAAUGCUCUUAAUCAAAUCAGUUCAACUGCACAGAACCUCUCAAGCAAUGCUGCGUCUAUCUAUGCUACCAAUAUGCAGUAUGAGACAAAUAAGGCUGCUCAAGGUAUUCAGGGUCGUUUGGUAGAUAGUCAAAUUCAGGCUCAAAGAUAUAAUAAUCUUCGUGCUCUUGCUGAUACUAAAAAGACCCUUGGAGAUGAUAAACGUGCAGAUUCUCUCUUGCCUUAUCAAGCCGAGGCUCUUGACGCACAGAGCAAGCAGCAAUAUGCUGCAGCAGAUAAUUCUAAUAUCAAUACUGAGGUAAUAAAGCAGUCUUUUGGCGCUUUGGUUGCUAAACCUGCCGCAGAAGUUAAGGAGAUUCUCUCUCGCAUUAGAGUAAACCUUGCUGAUUCUCGGAAUAAGGAAUGGGACGCAGGUAUUAAAGAAAAUUAUGGCUUUGAUCCAAAAUCUUCUUCUCUCCUGCAAGCAAUCGCUACAAUGGCUGCUACUAACCCAACUGGUGCAAGUUCCUGCAUUGAUAAUAUCAUUCAAACUAUUGACAACUCUGGUCACAAGUUCUUUGGUGAGGAAGAGUUUGAAAAGAUGAAACAGGACAUCGGUAAUAUCAUCAACAAUCCUAUUUCA